AUGAAGAUAAAAGCUAGCAAAUUUGUUUAUUUACAAAAAAUUGUGUUUUUGGUUUUUUUUGUUUUAAACCAUGAAUUAUUCGUUAAAGGAACAUACGAAACGAAAGGUUACCCUUUAAUACACCUUUCGAAUAAUAAUGAAAACGUUGGAUCUGUCAAUAAUUUGGUUAAAAACAAUUUAAUAAAUUUACUAUCAUUAUAUGAUAAUGUAAAAAUUGAAGGCAACGAAGCGGAUAUUGAUAAUAUAGCAAAACUAGAAGAUGAAACAAAAAUUGAAAGUAUAAUAAAAGAAAAAAUUCAACAUAUUAAUAAGCAUACGAAUAGUAUAUAUAUGAUUAAGUAUUCAGGUUUUAUAAAUUUAUAUGAAAUAAUACAUGAUAAUAAUAUAUAUUUGUUAUUACAUUUUUUAACAAAAAAUAUGAAUGGUGGGUUAGUUAUAAUAUUACCUGAAAACUUAUAUAUCGAUAGAGAUGAGUAUUUUAAGAUAAAUAAUAUAGACCCUAAGAAAUUUGAGAAUGUUACAAAUGACGUAUUAGAGAAAAGAAUUUUAUUUGCUCAAAAAUUAUUAUUAAAUUUAAAAUUAAAUCAAGCUAUUUAUUUUGUUAUAAAUAAUAAAGAAGUAGAAAACAUUUAUAAAAACUAUAAAAGUAAAUUUUCAAUAUUUGAUUUAACAAGAAGUGUUAAUGUUGUCCCUGUUUCAAAUGCUAUGAAUAUUAAAAAACUUAAUGCAAAAAGUUUAUAUUAUUUUUUAAGUAAUGAUGAUAUAAAUAUAAAUACAAUAUUUAAUCAAAAACAAAGCGAUGAAUUAUUUCUACUUACAAAAAAAAAGACAAUUGUAAUAACCCUAGAUUAUAAUGUCUUUAAUAUUAUCAGUGAUUUUGCAUCACACACUACUUCAAAAAAUUCAGGGAUUAUAUUAAUGAAUGAAUUAAUAUCUUUAUUUACCCAAGUAUACAAAAAAGAAGACAUAAAUUAUAAUAUUUUGUUUUUUUUUAGUAAUUAUUAUUAUGGUAUAGAGAAUUUUACAGAUUCUUUAAAUCAAGUAUUUAAAGAAAAUAUUGAAUUCGUUAUUUGUUUAGAUGAUUUUAACGAAGCAAAUGUUUUUCUUCACCAAGUCGAACAAGCACAAAAACAAAAUGAGUUAUCACGAUUUUACGAUAUUUUAAAAAACAAAAUUCAAAGUAAUUUUAAAACAGAAUUAAAAGUUAAAACAAGCAAAAUUAAAAUUAAUAAUAAGCAUUUGCCAAAUAUUCAUGAAUAUUUUGUAUUGAAAAAUCUUAAUAGUUUUACUUUAAGUUCAAAAAAUAAUAAUUCUACUUUUCUUGCAAAAACACCAUUAUUAGAAACCAAAUUAAAACCAAAUAAUGUCAGAAAACAUGUUAAGGUAUUAUUCGAAGCUCUUUAUACAUAUAUAAAACCUAACAUAAUGUCAAAUGAAACUGAAAAAGAAAUAGAACAUGAUACAACAACAUAUACAAAUAAUAUCAAAAAUAAUGAAGAAUUUAACAUUGUUGAUCAGAAUCUCAAUAAGUACAAUAAAUUUUUUCUAUAUAAAGAUGAUAUAGUAAAACUAUUGAAUUAUAUUAAAACAUUGAUAAAUCCUCAAGAUACAAACACUAAUUAUUUAAUAACAGAUUUUAAAAUUCCAAUUGAUAAGACAUUAAAAUAUACUUAUCAAACACAUUCUAAAAUUACAUUUUACAUGGUUAUAUCUUAUUUAUUCCAUUAUAUUCAUUUCAUUAUUGUUGGCAUUUUAACAUACAUUCUGUAUAUUUUUAUUAAAUACCAAAAUUCUAAAUAA